CAACAACCAAUACAGACAAAAGUCAUCGAAAUAUAGUGCUGUUACUAGCCGCUCCAGAAAUCUCCAGCAAGUUGGAGCUCAUCAUUUUGCAGAUCUCAGUCCAGUAAUCGAAACUCAACUCAAUAACCAUGCGUCAAGCAGCAGUACGGAGCUCUUUUUUACACCGACUUUGCAAAUCCGCACUCUUUCUUACUCUAUUACCACUACUCGUUCACUCUCAAGGAAGUGACACAGUUAAUAGCAAUUGCAACCGAAACUGCGAUGGACAUGAACUGGAUCAAGUCUGUGCAUCAAACGGAGUCACAUACGAUAACAGAUGUGAAAUGGAACUGGCUGCCUGCCGCGAAAACAUUGAGCUAGUUGUUCGAGACAACGGCCCAUGCAAUGAACCAGUGGCACUUAUAAAAUCUGGG